AUGCCUGAANUUCGUUUAACAACAAUAAUUAAUUAUCUUUUACCAAUUGUUUGUUCAUUUAUAAAUGAUGUUAUUAACGAAAAUGCACAAGAUAUUAAUGAUGAUAUUGUUUUUCCAUGUUUAACAACAUUAUGUCAAAUAUUACCAUGGAUAAAAUAUAAUCAAUUAUUUAUUUCCUUUUUUCGUCAAUUAACAACAACAAAACGAACAUUAAAUUUAAUACAAAAACGAUGUUUAACUAAAACAAUAUCGGCUAUUAUUGAUGCAUUUCAUUUUCAAUUAGAUAACAAUGACAAUAAUUCUGAAAGUGAACGUAUCCGUCGAACAAUUCAACAACGUUUAUUACCAAUGAUUCUUGAUUUAUUAAGUCAAAAUUCAUUUUCUAUCGAUAGUCUAACAACAAGUGGAAUGUCAACAAAAAAUGCAACUAUUGAUGAUCAACGUCAACAAGCUGUUCUUUUAACAAUAACAUGUUCAUUAAUAGCAACAAAAUUAAUAGUAAUAUUUCCAAAUGAUUUUAUUGAACAACAUAUAUCAACAAUUCUUCUUCAUUUGUUAACAUUACUUCGUUCACGUCUUUAUUCAAUACGUGAUCAAGCACGUGAUUGUCUUUGUAAAUGUAUAACAAUACUUGGUAAACGUUAUUUUAAAUUUAUAAUUGAAGAAUUAAUAUCUGGUUUACAACGUGGUUAUCAACAAUUUGUUUUAUUACAUACAAUUCAUACAAUACUUAUUCAUAUAUCAGCAUUAACAUAUGAUUUUAAUAUUGAUUCAGCUGUUAAAAUUAUAGCAAAUAUAUUUAUUGCUGAUUUAUUUAAUCUUGAAAAAACUGAAUCAUCAAAAGCAAGUGAACAUGAAAAUUCAACAUAUAAACCAUCGAAUAUUCCUGAAGCUAAAACAAAUAAAACAGCAAAUGUUAUGGAAUUACUUGGUCGUUUAAUACAUUCAAAUAAUGAACUUCUAAUAUGUAUCGAACCAUUACGUCAACAAUUAUCAUUAAAUAAUGAUUCAAGACAAAUAUCAAAAUGUGAAAAAUGUUUACAACGUUUUCAAACAGGUUUAAUUAAUAAUAAUUAUUUAUCAAUUGAAAUUUUAUUUAUUUUUGUUCAUCAUUUAUUAACAAAAACAGAAGAAAAUAAUUACAAUGAACAAAUUAAUAAUAAUGAAAAUAAGAAAACAUUAAAUUCAAUUAUAGAAGAACGAAAUAAAUAUCAUUUAAUACCAGCUGAACCUAAACGUGGUCAUACACGUGUUGCACAAGCUAUUAAACAUGAAAAGAAAACAAAUAUUCAUUGUUUAAUCUCAUGGGCACUUAAUUUACUUCAUAAACUUGUUAAAAAACAUAAAAAUGAUGAGCAAAAAUUUUUAUCUAUGAUUGAUCCAUUUAUUAUUCACAUUGAAAUAUGUUUAAAUUCACAAUAUACAGAUGUUAUUGUUUCUUCACUUAGAAAUUUAUCAUCAGUAUUAGAAUAUUCAUUGCCAUCAUUAAAUCAACAGCGCAUUACUAAUAUCUAUAAAAAGGUAUUCGAAUUAUUGAAAAUGUAUUCAUCUGUAGCUGGUACCAAUGAUCUGAAUGAUUUACUGACACUUUGUUAUAAAAUUCUUGGUACAUUUGUUCAACGUUCAAUCAAUGAUAAUGUUUCAUUAACAUCUGAAGAAUAUCAAUGUUUAUUUACUUAUAUUGAAUCUGAUUUACUUAAUGUUCAUCGUCAAUCAAGUGCAUUUCUUCUUCUUCGUUCAAUAAUGCGUCAUUCUGUAACAAUAAUAUCAAAUGAUAAAAGUCUUCGUACACAACUUGAUAAUCUUUUACGUUCACGUAUAAUAUUUAUGAUAAUUCAAUCACCUUAUGAUCAUAUACGUACAGCAUGUCGUGAUCUGUUUCAUAUAUAUUUAUUUUCUUAUGAACAUACAAAAACAAAAUUAAAAUCAUAUUUUGAUUUUUUUCUUCUUCAACUUGAUUAUGAAGAUUAUAAUGGUCGUUUAUCAGUAUUAAUUUUUCUAAAUAAUUUAUUUAAUGAUUUAACAAAACAACGUUUAAAUGAUUAUGCUGCUUAUUUUUUUCUUCCAUUAUCAUGUCAUUAUUAUAAUGAAACAAAUAAUGAAUGUAAAAAAUAUUUUCAAUUAAAUUUACGUUUAUUAUUAGAAAAAAUUGAUGAACAACAUCGAAAUGAUAUUUUUAAAAAUAUUGUUUUUAUUUGGAUUAAUGAUAAAAUUGAACAUCGAUGUUUAGCACUUCAAUUAUUCAUUCUAUUUAUUGAAAUUGAACAUGAACAAUUUGAUCAAUAUUUAUCUGAUGUAUUUAAUUUUAUUGAACGAGAAUUAAAUAAUAUUAAACAUAAUGAUGAUAAUGAUAAUGAUAAUGAUAAUGAUGAACAACAAAAAUUUAAUGAUCAAUAUAUUUAUCAUUUAAUUAAUGUAUUAGUUUAUGUUAUUAAAUAUUGUCCAAAUUCAUUAGAAAUUUUACAAUUAAGAUCAGUAUGGUUAAAGUUAUUAAAACUAAUUGAUGAAAAAUGUUUACUUCAUCCACAUAUAUGGGUUCGAUUUUUAUCGGCACAAUUUUUUGGUCUUCUAUUUGAAAGAAAUAAACCAGAAGAUAUUGUUCAACAUAUGAAAAAAUAUCUACCCAAAGAAGAUAUUAGUUCAAAUUCAACAACAACAAUAGAAAAUGGUUCUAGUUGUAAACGUUUGAAAAAAUCAACUCAAUCAAAUCUUGAUCAUGAACCAUUAUUUAUUCAUUAUAUAAUAAUAUUCGAUUCAUCAAUUUCACCUUUAAUUAAAAUUCAACGUUUAUGUUGUUGUUCAUGUUCACAAUUAAAACCAUCAGAUUUAACAGAAGAAUUUUGUUUACAAGUUAUAAAAAAUCUUAUUUAUUUGUCAAAAAUUCUUAUUUUAUCUAAUUCAAAUUGUUUUGAUUUAGUUGUUAAACGUUGUUGUCGUUUAACAACAUAUGAAUCAACAAAAUAUCCUAAUGAAAUAACACGUCGUUCAUCAAUUCUUAAAUGGAUGGCUGCGCUUGUACUAGAUUUAUCAUCAUAUUUAACAUCAUAUUUAAAACCAUUUUUAACUGUUAUUGAACGUGAAAUUGAACGUGAUGAAACAACAAUAAAUUUACCAUUAAAAACACUUGCACAAGAUGUAUUUGAUGUAUUUAAACGUCAUUGUGAUAUACAUUCGAUUACAAGUAUUUAUGCUGAUAUAGCUAAACAACGACGAACAAAACGUUUAGAACGUAAACAAAAAUUAGCUGUUUUAGCUAUUAAUCAACCAGAAAUAAUUUACCGUAAAAAACGUCUUAAACAAACAAAACGUUUAGGUUUAGGAAAAAAGAGACGAAUGAAAGCAAUUGAAAAUGCGAAGAAAAAUCGAAGAAAAAAACCAAUAAAUAAAAUAAGUGAAGACAUGGAUGAUUUUUAG